CGUAUUAUGUUCCUCCUUCAGUUCAUUUGACAACUUCAAUUGGAAUUUAACAAUGGCGAAUUUUUCUAGAUUUUUUAACUUGUGAGGAAAAAUAUGCCGUGGCAAAUAAAAUAAAACAGUGAUUGAAAAACAGUCAAUGUGUUAUUAAUUACAUGCACUAAAUAUUUUUUAAGACAGUGAUGAAAGCAAUAAAGUGCGAAGUGUCGGGAAAAUAGUGUAUAUAUUGGAAAAUAAAAUGACGGGUCGGUGGUUGGUGAUGUCGCGAUCGUGGACAUCGCUUUUGCGUUUGCAAUGGAACGUCGCAGUUUGUUUCGGAUUGUGUGUUUUGAUUGCAUCAGCCGUGGUGUCGGCAAAAACACCAGUUACAACUAAAAUAAAAACAGUAAGAAAUGUACAAAAUAUAACACAGGGAAAUGAAAAUCAUAAUAAUAGUACAAAGGAUGACGUCGCCUCUGAGCAAUUAAGAGCGUAUCGGUUGAAAGAGGCGUGUACUGAUUUGUCACAAGAUGAAGGAACAUUAAUGGUUUUCUCGACAUUAGGGGGCGGAUUAACAGCAAUCGAUCCAAUAACGAGUGAAAUACGUUGGACCAUAGCAGACGAUCCACCCAUAUACGCUGAUCAAGAACAAAAUGUGGAAGUGCCACAAUAUUUGCCAGAUCCACGUGAUGGCAGCAUUUAUCAGCUCAGCGACAUGGGUAAUUUGAAGAAAUUGCCCUACACUAUACCACAGCUGGUGGCUAGCGCACCGUGUCGCUCGUCCGAUGGCAUACUAUAUUCGGGUAAGAAAAGCGACACUUGGUUCAUGGUCGAUCCCAAGUCCGGUAAACGCAAGACUGUCAUGGGCUUCGGGAUGGAUGCCUUCGAUGCUAACGAAAACAAUGAGGAAGGUGAGCAUAAGCCUAGCCACAGCACAUCCCGUUCGAUAUACUUGGGACGCACGCAGUACACCGUCAUGAUGUACGACAGUUUGGCUAAGGGGAAGAAUGUUAAACCGUGGAAUAUCACCUUCUAUGAUUACAGCGCGCACACCAUGACGCCGGAUAUAUCGAAGGAGUAUGAAUAUUUGCAUUUAACAACAACAUCAAGUGGCAAUAUCGUAACUUUGGAUCGUAAGAAUGGCAAAUUUUUGUGGAAACGCGAUUUAACAAGUCCAGUGGUGGCCGCAUUUCUGCUCGGCUCGGAAGGUUUGCUAAGUGUGCCCUUUACCACCGUCUCGGAUGAAGCGUUCGAGUCUAUUCUAGAGGAGUCCAAAACCGGCAAUGUCAACACCAUCAAGCUAUUUCAAUCCCUCUAUGUGGGCGAGCACACUCAUGGCUUAUAUGCUUUACCCUCGCUGGUGGAUAAGGACACGCCACGCAUUUCGGCUAACCCACCAAUAAAAUUGUUGGAUGGCCCCAGCUCUGCCGAUGACUCAGAUCCCAAAAUGGUGUACAUCGAUGAUGUAAUUCGCCGUAAUGCAGGCAUUGUGCUCGGUCAUUACAACAUGCCCAGCGACAUAAAUUUGCAAAUAUCGCCCUCACCGUCGAAAGAUGACAACAUUCAUGGUUUAGCCACCAUCAAUCACUUUCCCGAUGUCACCACUAUGGGCUCAAAUGGCUAUAGCAUACUCACCGGUUCGAAUAGCGAAAAGAACUCUGCCGAAAUAGGCGUACAAACUGAGCCCAUAUUUGAAAUGAAAAUGGAAUCGACAAAUGCUUUUAAUAAGACCAAAAAAAUCAUUUUGGCAAAUAGCAAUAAAGUACAGAAAUUCAUUAAUGAGUGGUUUAUGGAGCAUCCGAGUGGUAAAGUGCACCAGAUUUUGAUUGUGUUGAUCUUGGCUAUGGUCGCCAUGUUCUGGUAUAUGUGCAGCACUAUGCGUGAGUUGAAGAAUCAAAGUGAAAAUGGUUCGAAAACGUACUCGUCCUCGAAUAAGAGUGGCAGCGGCAGCGGCAAUGUGAAUGCUUUGGACCUAAUCGAUUUGGGUGAUGGCAAUAUACGUGUUGGCAAAAUAUCAUUCAACUCGAACGAAGUGCUAGGUAAAGGUUGUGAAGGUACUUUCGUGUUUAGAGGUACCUUUGAGGAGCGCUCUGUGGCGGUGAAGCGGCUGCUGCCCGAAUGUUUCACAUUUGCCGAUCGCGAGGUGGCCUUGUUGCGCGAGAGUGAUGCGCACGAGAAUGUGGUGCGCUACUUUUGCACCGAACAAGAUCGCCAAUUUCGCUACAUAGCGGUGGAGCUGUGCGCGGCCACCUUGCAAGAUUAUACAGAGGGCGAACGCAGCGCUGAACUGCGCAUGCACAUAAACGUGUGGGAGGUGUUGCGCCAAGCCGCAGCCGGUCUCAGUCACUUGCAUUCAUUGAAUAUCGUGCAUCGUGAUAUUAAGCCACAAAACGUGUUGCUUUCACUGCCCGAUGUCAGUGGCACAGUGCGUGUGAUGAUAUCCGAUUUCGGUUUGUGCAAGAAGUUGAAUUUUGGCAAGACCAGCUUUUCACGUCGCUCCGGCGUGACCGGCACCGACGGCUGGAUUGCGCCUGAAAUGAUGCGCGGUCAGCGAACGACAACUGCUGUGGACAUCUUUUCGCUUGGCUGCGUCUACUAUUAUGUGCUUUCCGCUGGUCAACAUGCGUUUGGCGAUGCACUCAAGCGACAGCACAACAUACUAACACAUGACUACAAUUUGUUCAAACUUAAAGUGGACGCAGAUGAUGAGCCAAACAUGCCUAAGGAGGCUAGCAAGUUUAUACUUGCUGAACAGUUGAUAGCCGAUAUGAUACAUAAAGAUGCGCAAAGUCGCCCAUUCGCGCGCUGCAUUAGCGCGCAUCCAGUCUUUUGGAAUAACCAGAAAAUUUUGGCUUUUCUGCAGGACGUCAGCGAUCGCGUCGAGAAGCUGCAAUUCCAUGUGGAACCAUUGAAGUCGCUGGAGAAGAAUGGGCGCUGCAUUGUGCGUGACGAUUGGAAUACCCAUGUCGAUCCGCUCAUAACGGAUGAUCUGCGCAAGUAUCGUGGCUACAUGGGCGCCAGUGUGCGUGAUCUUUUGCGCGCACUGCGCAAUAAGAAACACCAUUACCACGAGCUGUCGCCGGAAGUGCAGCAGAAGCUCGGCUGCAUACCGCACGAUUUCACGAACUAUUGGAUUAAUAAAUUUCCCGAGUUAAUCUCACACGCCUAUCAUGCGUUUAGUAUUUGCGCCGAGGAGCCGAUCUUCAGGCAUUACUACAACGCUGAUUACCACUUUAGUCGUCCGUGGUACUUUGAUGCGGACGAUAAUCUCUUCCCAUCGCUCCAAAACGAUCCCAAGCAUUUGCUGAAACAAACUGGCGCGGGCACCAAAGAUGGCAGCGCCAGCCCGAAACGCUUGCCGCGCACACCCGAGAAGCAGCAACAGUUAAAACAGCGUAAAGGUAUUUAUAAUUUCCGUAAAACCACUGAAGCGGAAGUAAUUGGCGUGGGUUUGCAAAGAAAUCUGGAAUUAACGACGUCUAAUGCCGCAGCGCUAGCUGAGGGUGAGGACGAUGCAGGUAAUGGCAAUAGUCGUGAUGUGUUUGCCAAUUUCAAAUUCCGACGGAACUACAACAAGUCCGCAAAUCGUAAUUACGGCAAUACGACGAAUGCGAAUGCGAAUAACGGUGUUAAUAAAGAGAAGAGCGUCACAUGGACAUUGCCUGGCAAGCAGGCCACUGAGGGAUGAGUAAGCGCAGUAAAAUAAUACCGAAAUAUUUAAUAACUCUAAGUAAUGCUAUUUUUAUAAUAAGUAAACCGUUAGCGAGUAUUUAGUUUAAAUUUAUAAGUUACUAUGACACUUCAAUGAUUUUUACUACAAAUAACGUUAUGUUGAGCAGGUGGAGAACAUUGCAGCGUUCUCCUGGUGGAGUGCAAUGGCAAAUCAGACUUUCUUCUACAAAACAACGCGGCUCUUCGGCACAUUUCUAUUGGGUUGGUGCGGAAUGAGUUCUAAAUGUUGCAAAAUUAAAAAAAUAUAAAUAAUUAUUUAAGAAAAUUGGUUAGGCUUGAAUGCAGGUGUAAUAUUUAUACAAAACUUUAAAGAAAUAUAUUCUAACUUUUGCUACAACUUUUGAAAAUUAAAAAAAAAAAAAUUACAACACAUUGCAAUUUCAUGCCUUUGCUGUUGAAACCUUCUUUUUCUUUAAUAUUUUUGAAAACAAAGUGCUCUCAGUUUUCUUUAAGUAUAUUUUAGCGACUUUUUGUUUGAACACAACCGUUACACCAUAGUCCUUCUACAGUUGUAUAUUUAAGUUAUACCAAGCCUUAACACAUUUGCGCAUGCUUAGUGCAGCCUCAAAUAUAUUGUCUUCUUUUCCCUCAUUUACACCCUUGCACUGAGUAAUCUAGUAUUAAAAUAUAUGCGUAAAUAAAAUAUUUGUAUUUAACAAAUUUUAAUUGUAAAUUUUUUGUUAUGCCAUUACGAAUAUUAUCACUUUAUAUAAAAAAUGAUAUGGGGGAAGUGAAAAACUAAAAAUAAAAAAAAAAUAAUAAUAAUAAAAUGCCGCAUAUCCAGUCUACAGUUUAGCGGAAGUGCUAUAGUUGUGUUAAAAUUAUUAUAAAUCAAAAAUAAUUUACAGUUUAAAAAACAACAACAAAAUGCACGAGUCGGUCUUUCCGUGAAAAAAAAAAAAAUGAAAUAUGCAACACUUGCUAAUUUUUUUUAUACUACAUAUAUCGAGCGCUACUUAUCAACUGCGCAAAUAUUUUCUGUGCAAACAUUUUUCUACAGUCGACAGCGUAUACACAGCUCUACUGUAGACUGAAAGAAUUGUUGUUUUGUUAGCAGAAAAGGUGUCUGUCAAAUGCACGUAAUUUGUCUGUGAUAACAUUUAUUGUUAAACUUAAGAAAAUUGUAAUAGAUAAGUGCUUACUGUUUAGGUGGUUACAAUUGCAAGCGUUUAAAGCGAAACAAUGUUAAUUUCUAAAAAAUGUUCAUACAUAACAUAAUUUUCUAUAAAUUUAUGUAUGUUCUCAUGCUCUUGCAUAUUUUGCGCCCAAACUUACAAAAUUCCAUUUUUUUUUUAGUUUCUAAAUUGUUUUACAUUUAAUAUUAAUUUCUUAUAUUUAAGUCAAACUACUUUGUUGUUGCAUUGUUUCAUUUCAGCGCUUGCAAUUAAACUUAAAAAUGAAAAAAAUAAAAAAAAAUUGUAAAUAUACUAAUUUUUGUCUAUGUAUGUUCUUGUAAAUGCACUUUUCCGUGACAUGAAAUCUAAUUAUUAUUUUUAUAAUUAGCUUAAGUUUAUUACAAAAUUUUAUGCCUGAAAACUGUAACCAAAUAUCUAACUGUAACUGCGUGUUUACUAUAUUUCCCAAUUAAAUAAUAAAGUUUAGUUAAAGGAAAACAAAAUUGGAUGGAUUUUUACUAUCACGUUUUUAUUUGUUUAUGAAUAUUUUUUGAAACAAUUUUACUUUGCUCAAACGCUCAUUUAAUUGUACAUAUCAAUAUUGUAUAAGUGUUAAGCGACUGAGUGCCUGCACUGCGUUUACCAUUUAACAUAUAUUAAUAUUAAUAAAAAAAAAAACAAAUUAACUAAAAUUAGUCAACAAAAAUAUAAUUUGAAACAAUUAAACAACAGCACAAACAUAACACGGGUAUAUUAUAAAUUAGUUUACACAUAUAUAAAUAUUAGUCAUACAUUUGUAUGUACAUAAAAUAAUUUACUAAAAACUAAAAUAAUUAUUUUGCAUAGGCAAAAACAAAAUUGACUAAAAAUUAAUGAAGUUUUUAAAUAAAGAAGUCGUACAUAUACACAUGUACAUAAAUGCAAUGUAACUUACAAAUAUAUAUGUAUGUAGGUAAAAUAUGCUAACAACCUUUGGUUCGCCUACAGCACGGGGCUUUUCAAUGCAGUUUUUUUAAAUAUUUGUUAUAUUCGAAAUUUUAUGCUUCUUUAACUAUAGUUUCAUUGUAGCGUAUAUGCAGUUAUUUGAAUUUAAUUUUUUUCGUAAAUAAUUAUUAAUUAAAAAAGUUGUGCAACUAGUUUGUAAAAUAUUUGGUAUUUUUUGUUGGUUAAUAUUUUCACGACUUUUAUGUAGAAAAAAAACGCCUCGUCUUAUAUUCGAUGUUAGUAUUUUCAUAUAAACAGUAACAAUAUGGAGAGCUUUUUUUCAGUUUUACUUGGUUUCGGCAUGCUUCAUUUCGUGCUUCACACAGUGCCGGAAAGCAUCCCAGCCUUCUGAUUUGGCAUUAGACUGCAAAGAAAUAAGACGUAACAUAUUGAGUAUGUAUAUGUUAUUAAAAAUUCCAUAUAUAUUCCAGAAAAAAAUUAUUGAUUUGCAGUAUUACAGUUAUACAAAUGUAGGCACAUAUACAUAUAUAUGUUAUAUCAAACUUUGUGGUUAUUUUCCAAAGAAGUAGCGAUAAACAUAUUGCGGAUUCAAUGAUUAGGCCCGUUAUUUAUAAUUUUUGCAUUUAGCGAUAAAAAUAUCUCGUUGAAAAUGUAUUUCUGAUAACAAAAACUUGUUUCCAUGUUGUCCUUCCAUAGCAUUGUUUGCUGAUUGGGUCUAAAAGUAUAUUCUGUGGCUGACAUUCUCAAGUGCUCAUAACCGCUAAAUUCGCGUUUGGUCAUAAAUUUUGCACUUUUACUUGUUUACUAUAAUUAUUGUUUACUAUAUUUAUGGCAAUAAGAUUUAAAAAAAAUAUUUUUUGAGAUUAUGAAAAUUAAAAACAAAGACAUGACGUUUACGUGCGACAGUUACUACCUUCCUAAACUUCAUAUUAAUUUUAUUUUAUGAUGUUAUUGUUGUUGUUGUUGUACAGAUUAUUCGCCCUUGUUGGAACGGAGAGCAUAUCGCUCAUUUACUUGAAUAGUGUCACAACUCAAAAAAGUCGAUUUUUCAUGAGAGCGAUUUAAAGUUUUCAAUUGUCUCUUAUUUAGCAAAUAUAGAAUAAUUCCAUAAGUUUAUUAACAAAUCUAGUGGCGUGUAAUAUAUUAAAUACAAUGUUGAGCAUAAAAGGACCAAAUAGAGUGUACUAAUGUUUUUUCUUGGACAUAAACGUGACCCACUUUGAAUUAUGUCGUUAUUUGUGAAAAAAUAAUUCAAUUUCGCCGUCAUGAGUCAAAUGUGUCGUUUUUGUUGAAAAAAAAUCAAUACGAAAAAUUUAAUUAAUUUUCAGCAAUAUCGUUCCAACACAAAAUAUGUCGUUCUUUCUGAAAAGAAAAUUAAAUUCACCUUUUCACAAUAUGUGCUGUAACAAAAAACAAAAUAUGUCUCUCUUUCAUAUAAAAAUCCAUGCCUAAUUCUGGCACAACUGAGAAGUGUCGUUAUUGUGGUUAAAAACUAAUGCAACAUAACAAGUUUAAGAACGGCACAUUCUUAUAUCACGGUUCCGACGCAUCGGAAUGAAAUUUUUAUACAAUGUGGACGAUGAAAUUGCGCACUUUUUUGCAUACUCAACUCAAAAAUAGUGUUUUUUGAGUUAUGACACUAUUCAAGUAAAUGAGCGAUAUGUCUAGUUGUAGUCGAGGAUAUCUAAUGGGAGGCCCAGGAAUAUAUGCUGUUUCGAUGGCGUCGGACCAAAGGGAAAGAGGCAUUAGAUGAGCUGGGUUCGUAAGGCAUGCAAAGCGGUGAUUAGCACCAUGCGGGGUCUUAUUGCAUGCACGACAUAUAUUCUGUAUAUUGUGGUUCAGUCUGGAUAGGAAGGAGUUUAACCUGUUACAAUAUCCAGAACGAAGUUGCGCUAGUGUCACUCUGGUUUCACGUAACAACUCAGGCUCUUCGUCUGCUAUAGGUGGUGGUUUGACUUCAAGAACGCCAUUCACAGGAAGGGAAGGUGUUAGUUGGUCCACUGUGAAUGCCGUUGAAAGCGUGUCUGAAGUUGUCCGCGUCCAUGUCCGCAGUCUGGUCGACGUAUUGUUGGAGUGAACUUUAUAUGAAGUCAAAUGUUCUAUCUUGAACCUCUUUGAUAAAGCGUCGGACACGCAUGUUAUAUUUUGAAAAAUGAAUUUAAUUACCCGGUUUUACACUUUUAUAUAUUAAGCAUUAGCUCCUCAAAGUAUUUGCAUAAUUUUUUGGUACUACAAACAAUAAUAAUAUAAAAUAGUGAAAUCGUGAGUUUUUGUUGUAAAAGUGACAGUGAGACUACGAAAUUGAAAAGCAAGUUAAAAAAAUGAAAGUAACAGUAAACAGAUGCAUAUUUACAUUGUAAAAAAUAAAAUAAUUUAGAAAAAAUAAACAGAAAAGGCAAUUAAAACAAUAAAAAUAUAUUUUUAAAAUAUUAAUUGUUUAUUUGUAAAUGUAUAUUAAUAAGCAUGUAAAUGAUAAACGACUAAAUAAUGAACAAACUAUUUUAAACAAUGUUAUAAUGUUAAACAAAUGUGACGAAGCUGGUGAAAUCAGCAAGCAAUUAAGAUAUAAUGUAUUUAUGGAGAGGUAUUAUUUUUUUUUAUGAAACAUACAAUGGAAUAAUUGCCAAUUCCUAAUAAUAACAAGUUUUAAACAAAUUAAUUACACAUACAAAAAAUAAGGAAAAUAGUUAAAUUUAAUAUUUGAUACAAAACGAUUAUGAGUUUUAUUUAUACACAGCGCUGCCUCAAUUAUUACAAUUUGAUUUUCGUUAUGGGUCUUGGCGCACUUUAAACUUAUGUAAAUCAAGAUAUGCAAGCUCAAGUUGAUUACACAUAUUUCGAAUUUAAUAUGAAUUGUCCAUAGAAGAACUGAAGAUUUAUAAUCACAUUUAACUAUAUAAAGUAAACAAAAAAUAAGCACAAAAAUUUUGGGUGUAAAAUGUUUCAACAUGCACUUUUAGUAAAUGUUUUGAACAAACUAUGCGAUGGCACAUGACACUCAAGUGAUGAGAAAUUAAGCGCUAUACAAUUGAAUUGUUUACUAAAGCUUUCAGCUGUUUAGGUACAAAAAAUACUAAU